CAUGUACAACCUGUUUAAAAUAUUAUUAUUAUCAUAAAUCAUUUUUUAAAAUAAUAUUUUGUCGUGGUUACGACGUUAUUUAUAAUUUCUUAUAUGAUUUUCAGCGAUUAUCUGUUUAAAUAAGUACCGCAAAAUAGAUUUUAAAAUUCAAUUCGAUGUGUAAGUACAAUUAAAAAUGGAUUUUAUGUCAACGGAUUUUGAUCUGGCAGAAAACGUAUUUUAUUUUCACAACGCUGAACUACAAAGUUUGGCGUUUGUGCUCGACUGGGAUACAAGAGAAAAAUUUUAUUUGAACCUAUUAAGUAAGUCCUUUGCAGAUGUAUUGGAUAAACCAAAUAAUCAUUCAAUGGUGCUUGCAAAACCAGGAAAAACCAAUUAUUUUCAUAAAAAGAUCCCAGCAUUUGAUAUUAAAUACAUUGAAGAUUGCUUUAAAAUCAAAAAUUAUCCUGAUCCAACCAAAUAUUUAAUUAAAAAUACAAGUCUUGCAAAUUAUACAAAAGAUGAUAUAUUUGAUUGUUGGCUCUAUCAAAAUAAAUCAUGGUUUGAUUUAGUCUCAAUUCCAGAAAACAAAAAUAAUAACUGUACAAUUAUAUCAUCAUCUACUAAUCCCAUUUCUAAAGUCAAUAGAUCUAACGCUGAUUCAGAUGAUUUUGUGUUGUCACAUACUUUACAGAAGACUAAUCCAUCUAAAAACACAAGAAUGCCUUAUUCGCAUAAAGAAGAAAUGAGUAUUGUUAAUUUCAUAAUCAAAAACAAUUAUGCUUUCAAUGUCACUGGGGUAUCAAUGUGGCAACAUAUGGAACGUGCAAAUGUUUGUAGACUCCGUACAUGGCAAUCUAUGAAACAAAGAUAUUUAAAACACAUUAAAUUUGAUUUAAAUUCGGGAAGUCAUAGAUUUCCAUUUCUUUCACCACAGGAUUUGAAACUAUUGCGACAAGGUUUAAAUAUUGAAAAAAUAAAUAAGAACGAUAAAGAAGCAAUAAAAUCCCAAUUAAAUGAAGAACGAAUAAGUCAUUGGGAAUCAGACAGUUCCUAAUAAAUUUCAUUAGCAAUAAAAUGUACACAUAACAUAAGGUAUAAUAAUGUAGUUUCUUUUUUAUUAUGCGCCUGUCUUUUUUAAAUAAAGUGGUUUAAACUUAAAAUUA